AUGGACGAAAUACCGUUUAUCCCCACUUUCGCUCGUCUGCAUAAACUGCAGGAAGCUAUCGACCUCCUCGACGCCAAAAUCUCGAUCUUGUCAAGUCGUCUUGCCAGCCGUUUCUCCCAGCCGCCGACCUCCAAGGGCGACGAGCUCGACCGUCGUCCCCAGUCAAAGGAAGCCCCGGCACCUUAACCUCCUUUUUGCUACUCCCCAAAUGAAUAGGAGGAGAAACGGCUGGUGAGACGACUUGACAAGAUCGUGAUUUUGGCGUCAAGGAGGUCGAUAGCUUCCUGCAGUUUAUGUAGACGAGCGAAAGUGGGGAUGAACGGUAUUUCGUCCAUCCCUUCCUUCCCUUGCCCGUCCCACUGCUUCUUGCUCCUUUUGGCCGGCGAUCCGCUCGAGGCUCCAGUCUUCCUUUUCUUGGAGUUUGCAGGGACGACAUCUCACGGCUUGCGGUUGGCGGCUUGUGGCUUGCUGUGCUUUCUACGGUUUCAGCUGGCCUUUUAUACUUUCCCUUAUCCACGUUAUCAACUCGUGCUGUUUUUUUCAUUUUUUAUCCUGCUUACGUGGCGGUACCCUGGUUAUUCUUAUGUUUCUGCUUGUUCGGGUCACUCUUUCGAGCUUUCGAACGGUAACUAGUUCCCAGUGUCUGGCCAAGCUUCGGAUGUUAGGGCGGGAAUGAAAAAGACUUCGAAGAUUUGAGCGCCUAGCUGGUGGUCUUUUAGUUGGCUCCUGACUUCUCGAAUGUGUUUAAAAGCCCUUCUGCUUCUGCGUCUUCCGAUUUCCUUACUCAGGUCGUUCGCAAUGUCGACUUCUCGUCUUAGGUAACCCUCAGGUAAAAGUCGGGAAGUUUCUGCUUUUGGUUCCUCGGAAGGCAUUUGGAAGCUUUCCAGCAAGUGGUCUAACGCCUUCCACAUAGCUUCCCAACACCUUCUACUCAGAAAAAUGCCUGCCGGAAGCCUUCCAGAAGCUUUCCAGCAGACUUGUGUGAGGCAAUUUUCAUUUUCAAAGACUUCCCAACUACCUUCCGAACACCUUCCCAGGAUUUGCCUGAGACGUAGGUGUCAACUUGCUGCAGUAGGUCUGCGAUAAGGCUGGUCCAUCGUCGCAGAAGUGAUUUCGCAUCCAUUGCGUCUUUUUGCGGUUCAUCGGAAGGUCAAUUUUUUUUUCUUUGGACGAUCGGCAGUGUUGUUGGCGAAUAGGUCAAAGUAAUCGACAAAGCGAAGGUUUGGGACAGUUUCGCCGUCUAUGGAAGCGUCUUCGUGGUCUUUGUCUUUGUCCCAGUCGAUUUGUUCUAG